GCUUAAUUCUGAUAACAUGGUAUCAGAGCCUCCAUUUCAGUUUAGUUCCUUUUCUUUUAGAUUUUAGCUUGGUUUUUCAUACUGGGUUCUUCCUCAAAGAAACCUGAGUUCAGUUCAGAUUCUUCAGAACCUCUAGGCACCAUUCUGUCUCCCAGAAACUCACCCCAGGACAGAUUUAUUUUUUAGCCCUCUCUAUUCAGAAUCUCUGCCAGGUCCGACCAUCUACCCAGCGAAUUUCCGACUCCGACAAUUACUCAUUCAGUCUGUGGACAUACGCACACUAUUUCAUGUGGCUGAUUAUUCGUUGGGGUCUGGCAUCUGACUUAUGUCUAGAGUAGCAGUCAAAGCCCAAGCAGAUUGUAUCUUUUGUUCUCAAGCCCAAAACGAGCUGCUGAGGAGGUUGAUAGAGCUGCUAAUACUGCCUGGCUUCGUGACGAUUCUAGAUUAUUUAUCCAGAUUCAAAACUCAAUGGAGAAUGAGGUAAUGGGGUACGUUAGUCAUUGCGAUACUGUGAAAGAACUGUUUGAUUAUUUGGAAUUUAUGUAUUCUGGAAAAGGUAAUCUUAACCACAUCUAUGAGGUGUGCAAAGCCUUUUACAGAGCAGAAAUGAAAGAUAAGCCUCUCACGGCUUAUUUUAUGGAUUUCAAGAAAACCUAUGAAGAGCUGAAUACAUUAAUGCCAUUUAGUCCUGAUAUCAAAGUGCAGCAGAAACAAAGAGAACAAAUGGCAGUGAUGAGUUUUUUGGCUGGUCUAACAUCUGAAUUUGAAACAGCCAAAUCACAUAUCUUAUCUAGUGAUGAGGUCUCUUCUCUUCAAGAGUCUUUCACUAGAGUGCUUCGCACCGAUACUUCAUCCACACCAUUAGCACCUCAGUCAAGCAAUGCAUUUGUAGGGCAAGUUCCGACAUUCACCAGAGGAGGUGAGAAAUAUCCACGUACUGGUCCAUCUGGCAAAGGCAUAGUAUGCAACUAUUGUAAAAAGCCUGGACACUUGAUCAAAGAUUGUAGAAAAUUAAAAUUCAAAAAUCAAGGAAAUCAGGUUGCUCACAUUGCUUCCGUUACACAGUCUUCUGAUGGAUCAAUAAGUAUGUCUUCUGAGGAAUACGCCAAAUUUCUUUGCUACCAAGAGACUCUAAAGCAUUCAUCUACUCCUAUCUCAGCUGUCGCUAAUUCAGGUAAUCCAAACACAUGUCUUGUGUCUUCAUCCUCAAAAUGGGUUAUCGAUUCAGGGGCAACAGAUCAUAUGACAGGAUCUGGUGACGAAUCGGGUUAUUGGUAAAGGAUAUGAGUCGGCUGGUCUCUAUCUCUUGGAUACAUCCUUACCCAAAUCCAUCUCUUGUCUUGGAGUUGGAACUGUGUUAGAGGCUCAUUAUCGACUAGGCCAUCCCUCUCUCCCGUUGUUAAAGAAACUUCAUCCUCAAUUUAAUAAGGUGUCAUCUUUACAGUGUGAUUCAUGUCAAUUUGCAAAACAUCAUCGAACUAGUUUAAGUCCCCGAGUCAAUAAACGAGCACAUGCUCCUUUUGAACUUGUUCAUUCUGAUGUUUGGGGCGCUUGCCCUGUUGUGUCCAAAACUGGUGUUAAGUAUUUUGUUACCUUUGUUGAUGAUUAUUCUCGUAUGACUUGGAUAUAUUUCAUGAAACGUCGUUCUGAGUUAUUUUCUCAUUUCUGUGCCUUUUGUGCUGAAAUUAAAACUCAAUUUAAUGUACCUGUUCGUAUUUUAAGGGGAGACAAUGCUCAAGAAUAUUUGUCUUCCUCAUUUAAGUCGUAUAUGGCUCAACAUGGCAUCAUUCAUCAAACUUCAUGUGUAGACACACCUCCACAAAAUGGAGUUGCUGAACGAAAGAACAGACAUCUAUUAGAAACUGCGCGGGCUCUUCUAUUCCAAAUGAAUGUGCCUAAACAGUUUUGGGCAGAUGCUGUGUCUACCGCAUGUUUUUUGAUCAAUAGAAUGCCAUCUACUGUUUUGGAUGGUAAAACUCCAUAUCAGUGCCUAUUUCCAAAUAAUGAAAAUUUUCCUAUCCCUCCUAAAAUAUUUGGUUGCACUUGUUUUGUACGAGAUGUUAAUCCCCAUUUAACAAAGUUAGAUCCCAAGUCAUUAAAGUGCAUUUUCUUAGGCUACUCUCGAGUUCAAAAGGGUUACAGAUGUUUUUGUCCAAGUACGGGUCGAUAUCUUGUUUCAAUUGAUGUCUCCUUUUAUGAAAAUACACUGUUUUCAUCAACAGAGACAAAUAUUUGUAGGGAGAAUGAUGAUAUACUCAUUUACACAGUCACUAUACCCGAGUCACUAUACCCGAG